AAGUCGUAUGUUACCCCACUCUUCUACAUGGAGUAGCGUACAACCCCCAUGCACUCGCACGCACGUGUGGCGGCCUAUAACUCUCUCUCUCCCUUGUCCUCCUGCUGUCCUCCUUCUUCACACAAACCUCUGGUUUCCUAUCCUUAUUGAAUGGGUGAAGAGAACAGCCUUCCUACUGUCGAGGAGUCGACUGAACCUCCUUUAUGUGCCCUACGUAGCGGCAUUCAUCAUCACCAUGGUCCAGAGACCACUGCACGUCAUAGCACCCCCCAACCUCACGACGAGCGCCCUCCGAAAUCGCUCUCGAUUGCCCACACCCUCACGGCCGCGCAGGUUGCGAAGGAACUGGGUGUGGAUAUCCAAAAUGGACUCAGCGCCACCGAAGCGGAAUCUCGCCUUCGGCUCUAUGGACCUAACAAGGUUAAAGGAGCUGAAGGGCUAUCCCUGUGGGAGAUUCUCUUGAGGCAGGUUUCGAACAGCCUCACCAUAGUAAGUACUUUUCUCCCCGGGCGUGGCUGCUUCAUAUCGACGGGUGGGGUGCGCCUGCCAGCAGGCACCUUUGGACGUGGGUUCAGGCGCUGGACGCUAGGCAUUCCUUGGAUCUGAGAUCCACAAGAGCAAGUCUGCCUCUCAUCGGCUGCUUCGACUUCGUAAAUUUCUUCUCAAACGAGGCCGUCCUAGUGCCCAAAGACCGCGAGGACUUUGGCCAAGCAGGCGAUAUGCCCUCCAACCCUGACUAACCUCCAUCCUAGGUGCUCCUCAUUACUAUGGGAUUGAGUUUCGGUAUCAAUGAUUACAUCGAAGGCGGCGUCAUCUCAGCCGUCAUUGUCCUCAACAUCAUAG